AGCAGCGCGUGGAGCGGCGCGUGGAGCGGCUCGGGGCUCGCGCUCCCGCUCCCCGCCCAGCGCUCUCUGCCGGCGGGGCCGCCGGCUUUUCUCCGCUUCCCGUCCCUUCUGACGGACGCGGGGCCGGGUGAGGGGCGGGCAGCCCAGCGCGGCCGAUGCCGGCUCUCCCCGCCUCGCUCGGCUCGGCGCGGGCUGCGGCAGGCCGGUGGCGGCCGUCGGGAUUCGGAGCCCCCCCGGGCGCCCUUCCCGUCCCGUCCCUCCGCGGCCGGAGGGUUUUCUCCCGCUGCGGCCGCCUCGCUGCCCCCCAGACAUGGUAGGGCACCUCCAGCUGCAAGGGAUGGACGAGAGCCUGAAGGAGAAGAGCCGGGAAGGCUUGCUGGACAGCCCGGACUCGGGGCUGCCCCCCAGCCCCAGCCCCCCUUUCUACUCCCUCUCGCCCGGGGGCGGCGCGGAACCCCCGGCCCCGGGGCAGCGGCGAGAGGCCAAGGACGGCAGAGGGAUGCCUUACCUGCUCCUGAACCCGUCCAUGUCGGAGAUAAGACCUCGAAUGUACCCCGUGUUUUUUGGAGAAAGCAUUGAGGUCAACCCUGAGCCCGUGCAGGAAAUUAGGUGUAAUUCUGAGGUGAAGUACGACUCUGAGAAGCAUUACAGGGAUGACAUCAUCUACGGUCCCAUCCCCACCGUCACCACCUACAGUGAGACAGUCAUUGCUGCACCCAAUUGCACCUGGCGGAACUACAAGUCCCAGCUGAUCUUUGAGCCCCGCCAGAAGCCACUGAGGUUUCAGAGCACGACCAUCAUUUUUCCUAAGCGUGCCAAGAACAUUUACCGGACCACCCUCAACUACAGCUUGGGCUGUGCCAAGCGCUGGUUUUCUUCCAGCGUGCAGCUGGAACUCUGUGAGGAAACCAGCCCAUGCGUCAUCUGCAGUGAGACCCUCUGAUCCGCCCCGCCGCGGGCAACCUUGUGACCUCAAGGAGGCUGUGGCCUUUACUGGGCCUCUGGCCGGGCCCUCAUUGAUGACGACUGAAUAUUAAUGGCUGGAGGAAAUGUCGUCUUGGGUGAGGCUGAACUGGCUGGGAGGAGGCUUGCAGGGCAUGGGAUGGUUUUGAUCAGCGAAAGGCUGGCUUAAAUUUUUUGACGUUCCUGACGUUUGUGAUCUGGAUUUUAUUUUAUUCCAUUUCUUUUUCCAAGCACAUCUACUUUUGACUUAUGUUUUAGAUGAAAUCAAGAUGAUGGAGAGCCCCAUUACCCAUAGCAGAGUGCUGUUUUGUGAGCUCUGUACAUCUUGUCUAGCACAUAGGUGAGACUAACUGUAGCCUUCAGAAAUAUUUUGGUCUCUGCAAAGAGAAGACCACCUGCAAAGUGGUGAAGACCAGCCUGCCCAGCACACACCAAGCCAAGUUUCCUGGAGUUCAAAUGCAGAUGAUGUUAAUCGUGUCAAUACUUCACGACCUGCCUCCAACAACUCACCUGGGAGAUAGCUGCAAUAUUAUACCACUGCAGUACCAUCAGGCCUAACUUGCUUGAGGGAGGGAGGACUGUCGCUGAGAAAAAGGAGGAAAGCAGGUGCACAGUGCUCUUGCCAGCAGCUAGAUGCUUAUGUACUAUGACAGGGGAUGCCAGAAGCAGGUGGUUGGAGAAAGGCCUGCCCUGACCCACAGCCAGCUCUUCUGAGAGCCCAGCCUAAGCAAGAGGGUGCAGAGGAGACUGAGGAGAGGGAAAAGCUGUGGGGCUAUUUUCUAAAAGUGUCCAAAGAGUUUAGGAGCCCAGCGCCCUUUUUAUGAAAUAACUGGUAGCUGAAGUGUGCCCUGCUGUUUGUUGCAUCUGAUAUCCGGUUUGCAGGGAUCUUUACGUGCUUAACAACCCUUUUGAGUUUCAGGGUACUGCAGACAGGAAUGUAGCACAGCAAGAUGUUACCUGGCUUUAAAGAAGCUGGUACAGGGUUAACUGCAGAGCGAGGUUGCUCAUCCUCUCAGGAGUUUCCAUACCUGUUGUAGACAGCUUGGCUGAUUGUGGAGGAGCAUCCAGACUGUCUUAAGUAUGGCCUGAAGUACUGAAGAGCCAAAAUCCAUGCAGGAUUUUCUUAAUCAGCCAGGUUACAACAGUUCACAGGUACUUUACGGCUAGCUGAGCUGCCUCUGCAACAGGACCAAGAAGCAUAGAGGAAACAGUAGUCACUUCAACCAUUCUAAGGUGAACCAUUCCCGCUGAUGAAUCACAUCUCCCAGUGUUUUUUUUAUUUUGGUAGCUUACUGAAAAACAGCAAGAGCCUACUAAUAACCUUUGAAAAUGAUACAGAAUUGUCUCCAGAAAUCUUACCAAGAAUUUUUGUAUGCUGCUCAGAAGAGACCAGGCUUAGAAAAUAACCAUAUAGUUCUGGAAAUCAAUUUCCAGCUUUCGUUCUUCUAAACUUUCCAUGUUGUUUCUGACUUGAUGCAAGUCUGAUCAAGUUAUUGCAGAACACAGCCAAGCAGCCAAGUCAGAAAACCUAUUAACAAUGUCAACAAGACAUAGCUGAUUGCCCAGAACUGUUGACGCACAAACCCACAGUGAUUUAUAAAAAAAAAAACCA